AUAAGCGACGUUUACCUAAAAAGUCCAAUGAAUAUUUAAAGCGUGUACAUGUUGAAAUAUUUAUAAAAUAUUUGACAAUUUUUUCAAUCGCUCGCUGCGAAUACAUCUUUAUACGCAUCUGAUAAGGCGAUUUUUUUGUGAUCAACAAGUCAGUGUUUUAUCAGUCGUUAUUCAACAUGGCACACAGAUUAUUGUUGAGAGUCGGACGUUCGCGUCAUGUUAAUCCCACAAGGCAGAUCUCUGUUUCUGCUCUGUCACUUCAACGAAAAUCCACUUUUAAUUGGGAGGAUCCGUUUUGUCUGGAGUCACAACUGACGCAGGAUGAGAUUCUGAUGAGGGAUGAGAUUCGUUCUUAUUGUCAGGAGCGAUUGUUGCCGCACGUAAUCGAGGCGAAUCGUAAGGAAAACUUUGACCGGGAGAUUAUAAGGGAGAUGGGCCAGCUAGGGAUAUUUGGCUGCACCAUGAAGGGUUACGGUGCGGGGGUAUCUUCGGUGGCGUAUGGGCUCCUCGCCAAGGAGAUCGAGGGCGUCGAUAGCGGGUAUCGAUCCUUGUUAUCAGUACAGUCCUCUCUCGCGAGCGGUGCGAUUUAUAUGUAUGGCAGUGAUUGUCAAAAGGAGCGAUUUUUGCCUAAAAUGGUUUGCGGCGAACUAAUCGGUUGUUUCGGUUUGACGGAACCUAAUCAUGGGAGUGACGUAGCAUCCAUGGAGACCAAGGCGACUUACGAUUCCGAUAAAAAAGUUUACAAACUGAACGGUUGCAAAACAUGGAUAACGAACGCGCCCAUCGCCGAUAUAUUAAUAAUAUGGGCGAAAUGUGACGACAAUCAGACUCGCGGAUUUAUCGUUGAUAGAGAGACCGCAAAAAAUCGAUUAUCCACCCCAAAAAUUCAAGGGAAGUUUUCUCUAAGAACAUCCAUCACUGGAAUGAUCAUGAUGGACAACGUAAUUGUGCCCGAGGAAAAUGUGCUGAAUGUUCAAGGACUUAGAGGACCUUUCGGUUGUUUAAACAAUGCUCGAUACGGCAUCGCUUGGGGUGCGUUGGGUGCGGCGGAGACUUGCUUCAAGAUUGCUCGAUCUUAUACUGUGGAGAGACGACAAUUCAACAAGCCUCUGGCAGCGAACCAACUUGUGCAAAAGAAAUUGGCUGACAUGAUGAGUGACAUCGCGAUUGGCCUUCAAGCUUGCUUGCAAGUUGGUAGAUUGAAGGACCAGAACAGAGUUGCUCCGGAAAUGAUUUCUAUCAUAAAGAGAAACUCGACGGCGAAAGCAUUGGAGAUUGCGCGACUCGCGAGAGAUAUGCUAGGCGCAAAUGGCAUUUCGGACGAGUAUCAUGUCAUCAGACACGCGAUGAAUUUGGAAGCCGUAAGCACCUACGAAGGCACAAAUGAUAUUCAUGCGUUAAUCCUCGGGAGAACAAUUACCGGCGUUGCUGCAUUCUAAUUAAUUAUUUUAAUAAAUGUCAAGACUGUCUUUGUACGAUAUGUAUAUUAUGUGUGAACAAUUUUUAUUUUUAUAAAUGUGUGUUUAAAAUAAUAUACUGUCAAGUUUAAAAAAAAUUGUUUCUGUAAAAUAAAAUUGAUUCUGCAAAA